UUUAGAAAAAAACGAUGAAGAAAAAUAAUAAUUAUAAAAAUACUCGAAUUAUUCACCACCAUGAUGUGAUGAGCUAUUGUUACUAUGUGAAACCAAACGACGAUAUACCGGUGGAGUUGUUGGAAAAAUUUGAUAUAGAGACGGGUCCAGUUAUUUUUAGAGGAAAUUCGAGUAUGGGGAAAGGUGACGUAGCCAAAAAGUUUAUGGAAGAAAUUGUCAAAGUUGCACUUAAGAUAGAAAAUAUAUUAAACACAAACGUACCAAUUAAAAUGUCUGAAGACGAAAAAAAAUUACAUCGAGAAAUCGCAGACCGAGGAACAUGUCCGUUAUGCAAAUCAAAAUUUAAUAAUAAUAAUAAUUUACCUGUUAGGGAUCAUGACCAUUUGACUGGAAAAUACAGAGGAACUGUUUGUAGCAAAUGUAAUUUGCAAAUGGUGAAACCUAAUUUUGUCCCUAUUUUUUUCCAUAACCUGUCAGGAUAUGAUUCUCAUUUUUUAGUAUUGCAGUUAGGAUUAGAUACAAAAUCUAUUAAUGUAAUACCAAACACUGAAGAAAAAUUUAUCUCUUUUACGAAAUACGUUUCAAACAAUUUUCAAAUUCGUUUUGUCGAUACUUUCCGAUUUAUGGCAACGAGUUUGGAAAAACUAGUAAUAAAUUUAGCUAAAGGAGACAAAUCAAAAUUCAGGGAGACGGGAAAAAUAUUUAAUAGCACUGACAUGGAUCUGGUCACAAGGAAAGGAGUCUACCCUUAUGAAUAUACGGACGGAUGGGAAAAAUUAGACGAGAAUAUUUUACCGAGAAAAGAGGAUUUUUAUAAUACAUUAACCGAAACGGACUUAUGUGAUGAAGAUUAUGAAUAUGCAAAAAGAGUAUGGGAUCAUUUCAACUUUAAUACCUUAGGUGAAUAUAGCGACUGGUAUAUGAAAGUUGAUGUUAUGCUUCUUUGCGACGUUUUUGAAAACUUUAGAGAUCUAUGUUUGGACACGUAUGGCUUGGACCCAAAUUAUUAUUAUACUGCACCUGGGAUGUCUUUCGAUUGUAUGCUGAAAUAUACCAAAGUUCAAUUACAGCUUUUAUCGGAUUAUGACCAAUUAUUAAUGAUGGAAGCUGGAGUCCGUGGUGGACUUACACAAGCAAGUAUGCGAUAUGCUCGGGCGAACAAUAGCAAGGUUCCAGACUACGAUCCCUCAAAGCCUAACUCAUGGAUCGCAUACUUGGAUGCAACAAAUCUUUACGGCUGGGCAAUGAGUCAAUUUUUACCAAAGGACGGAUUUUCAUGGUAUGAAGGAGAUCUAAGCGUUAAAAACAUUUUAAAAUUGUUGGAAAAUUCAAACGAAACGUCAGAGAUCGGAUAUUCGUUAGAAGUUGACCUUUCAUACCCUAAAUCAUUACAUGACAAGCAUAAUGAUUUACCUUACCUUCCAGAGAGGAUAAUCCCUCCUGGAUCGAAAAUAAAAAAACUCGUGGCCAAUCUGAAACCUAAAAAACACUACGUUGUGCAUUACAUGGCAUUAAAACAAGCUCUGAAAGCUGGAUUAAUAUUGGAAAAGGUAACAAUUUAGUUAUUAUAAUAUUUAUUAUAAAAUGUAAUGUUAUUAUAAUUUAAUAGGUACAUAGAGUUUUUAAAUUUAA